AUGGCGAGCUCAGCCGAUGAUGCACAGUCAUCUGGCGAGCUGGGCGACAAUGGAUCGCUCGAAGACUUUACGACUGCCGGGCAAGGCCAGCAUGCAGACUCGGAUGACGUAAAUGGGGCAGCGCCAGGCGAGGCUGCAUCCGAGGUGGCCGCAAACACAAUGACCAACGAGCCAGCCGCUGCACAGAGCAAAACGACCCCGGCUGAAGACGAUGUCGAGGAGGUCAAGGCCCGGUCGGCCUUGCCUCCCAGCGUGGAAUCGGAAGAUCCGAACGAGCGCAUCCGUGCGCGUCGCCUUCGCAUCGCUGCUCGACGCGAGGCCGAGCGCCGUGCAGCCGCAGGGAUUGAAGACGAGCCUGAGGAGGAAGAGAGCCAAAUCAACCCAGAGCCUGUCAAGAGCAACAUCCGCAUCACACAGGGCCAUCAGGCGUUGGACCAGUUGCGCGAGCAGGGCUCUGAUCGUGUGACGCUCGUGCGCGUCACAGCCGACUUUGCAGAGAGCAAGCGUCGUCGUGAACUGGCUGCGGCUCGCACCGAACGACGCCAACGCCUACAGGAGGAGCGCGAUGUGACGGUCACAAUGUACGAGCGGAUCAAGAAGCUCAUGUCCGAAAGCGUAGUCAAUAAAUCCGUGCCAGAGCUACACGAGACGCUGCAAAACCAGCAUGCCGCCUGUCGAGCGCUGAUUGAUCGCAAGGACCAGCUCAUCUCUGAGUUCUCGGGUCAGCUCAAGGCCAAGGAUGAUGAAUACGUUCGCCUGCUUCGAGCGCAAACGGCGGAUGUGGACAGCAUGCUAACUUACCUCGAUGAGGAAAUUCAAACCUUGGCGGCCAACUACCAUCAGCAGCUGGAGGAGAUUGAGGAAGCUUUUAUGGCCGAGCGACAGGAGCUUCUGGACGCUACGCGCCAGGAAUGGCAGAGCACGGUCGAUGCACGCCGAGACCGCGAGCUGGCCUAUCUCCAGCGAGCCACAGAACGUGUUGAGGAGCAGGAGCGCCAGCUCGAGCACCUCCGAGUCACCGAUUUGGAAGAAUACAGCAUCAUCAAAGGCAAGUUGGAGCAAGACAUCAUGCAGCUGCAACAACAAUUGCAAGCCAUGAAGGCCACCUAUCAGCUCAACACCGAAAAGCUCGAGUAUAAUUAUGCUGUCCUUAAGAAACGCGAGGAGGAAAACGCCAUCACCAUCUCACAACAAAAGCGUCAGCUCAACAAGCUGACCGACGUCCUCAACAGCCUGCAAACCAAGAUUGCCAAGCAAGAGCAUGUCAUCGAGCAGGACAAUGUCAAGCUCACCAGCGAGUACACACGAGCUGUGCAACAUUUUGAGGAUUUGCAGAAGAAGGUGCGGCAAUUCACGGCUGCCGAUCGGCACCGCAUCGACGAAGUCUGGGAUAUGAACGAAGAAGCCCUCAGCGAGUUGGCCAAGCAGCUUUUAGCCGCCGAUCAAGCCAUUCAUGAGCAACAACUCGGUGUCCAGUGGGUUCGUCCUCUCGAGGUGGUUUUUGAUUCCACAGCCAGCGAGCAACAAGUUCGGUCACGGGCAGCUUCAGCCAUUGCCCGGGAGCUCCUUGAAGGCCAUGAGGUGGACGACUUGGCCUCGGGCCAUUUGUCCACGGACACGAUGCGGCGUGCUCUUGCUUUGUUGUGCGAGGAGGGCGACUUUUUGUUGGAGCCAAACUUUGACGAUCUUCUUCAGGAUCUCGAGCCCACGCACCGGAACCUGCUUCGGUUGGAUGCCAUGUUCAAGGCGCUGAACGUUCACACCGAGGAAGACAUGAAGCAGCUGGCGACGUAUUUCAUUGCAUCCGAUCAAGACCAAGCUGCGGGGGACGAAGAGGAGAGUGAUGGGCAUAGCAAAACUCAGCAGGAUCGCCUUCGCCUCAUCCCUGCGGUCGAGGUGGUGCCAGCGCUGCGAGCUUUUGUUGAAGCCCGCCACGCGGCCAAAGGCGCCGCGGGCACCUUGGGUCCAUCAACAGCGACGCUAUCGCGCAACGAAAAGUUUUGGGAGCGCUUGGCCGAUAUCGUUCCGCCAGAGCACGAACGUAACUAUGGGGCUCUUCGGGAUGCACUGGAGCGCUACCAUCAAAUGUUGACGGACCGCGCGCAGGGCAUCGACGAUGUGGAUCACUUAAAGCAACAAAAUGGCGAACUGCGCAUGCUGCUGAAGCAGUAUAUGACGUCUGAUGCCAACAAGAGCUUGGUGGUGCCACCCACGGCUGUGUUGGCCCAUCAGUUGCAGCAGGGCCAGCAGGCAGCUACGGCAGCGGCAGCCAACGCGAAAUAA